AUGCCUGAGGAUAAGCGGGUUUGUAAGAUUUGCCAGCAUUGUCAACACAUCACAAAUGGACCCCCCGAGGACGAAAAUGUUGCAGAAGUUGAGGAACUACUCGUCCAGGUUGCCUCGGGCGUUAAGCUAGUUAACGAUCGUCCGAGCAAGGAUAUUAUUGGUAAAGACCCUCAGAAUUUGGCGGGCUUGCCUUUCAUUUCCAGAAUAUUUGGUACACUUGCCAAGCUCGCAGCUACACCAGGGAGCGCCGACCUAACGACCAGGCUCAAUGAUCAUGUAAUCAGAUGUCUAUACGAGACCGUUCCCCACCCGGUAGAAACCUACCUGGGAGAGCGCUUCCGUCGGGCAGACGGUGCGGGGAACAAUAUCCAUAUACCCUCGUUGGGCCAGGCAGGCACGACCUAUGCGCGCACCUGUCAAGGGAAGUACCGCCAUCGUUCACUUCCCGACCCAAGCGAAAUCUAUGAAAAGCUAUUCAAGGCCUCCUCAGAAAAUCGCGAGCCUCAUCCCAGAGGGACCUCUUCCUUAACAUUUGCAUUUGCGUCGCUUGUCACCCAUUCACUAUUCCGUACCGACCCCCGGGACUGGAGUAAGAACAACACCUCUUCUUACUUGGACCUUUCACCGCUCUACGGAUCAAGCCAAGAAGAGCAGGACGCUAUAAGAAUCAAGGAUGGUUUUGGUCGCCUCCGUCCCGACACCUUUUCUGAGGGACGUAUUGUAUUCCUUCCACCAGCCUCGUCCGCCCUGCUUGUUAUGUGGAAUCGGAAUCACAACUAUAUCGCCAACGAAAUAUUGAAAAGGAACGAGGAAGGGCAAUGGAAAAACCCACCUCCCAAAGACGUCAGUCGGAGUAUGGAACAAGACGAGGAGAUAUUCCAAACGGCCCGUCUCAUCAACUGUGGCUCCUUCAUGUCAGUUGUCAUGGACGAUUAUGUGGCUGGGUUUUUGGGCCUCUCUCGUGUGGGAAGCAUCUGGAAUAUGGACCCAUUUAAUGAAUUUAGGGAUACUAACCAUAUACCCGUAGGCCGUGGCCAGGGUAACCACGUUUCAGUUGAAUUCAACCUAUUGUACCGUUGGCAUACAGUUGUAUCUGACGAGGAAGAGAAGCUGUUCCCCGACAAAAAGCCCGGUGAUCUGACAUUGCCCGAUUUCUAUGGUGCCCUUGGCCGCUUACGCAACGGAGACGUCCCUCCAGAGCUUCUCGUCCACCCCGAACCACAUAAGCGUAACUUUGGAGGAAUCGUGCGCGGUCCAGAUGGGCGCUUCAAGGACUCAGACCUGACUAAGAUCCUUCAAGAUGCAACCGCCAAUACCGCAAACCGUUUCGGAGCUCGCGGCACACCAGAUGCGCUGAAAGUCAUAGAGAUUGUCGGCAUGCAACAAGCGCGAAAAUGGGGUGUCUGUACGAUGAAUGAGUUUAGAGAACGCAUGGGACUGGAAAGAUUCAAGUCGUUUGAGGAGUGGAACCCAACCCCGAGAUAG